AUGGUUUUUUGUAUGGGAAGAUUAUGGAGUGUGGUUCCAUGCGGAAGCAGGAAUGAGGAGAAGGUCAUAAGAAGUACAUAUCUAAGGAGCUACGAGACUGUUGGAAGCGAGGACGAUUCUAAUUCUCUUCCAGACAGUGACAGGUUCGACGAGGCGUCUGCAAGAAACAGCCCUCGGAAGAUGAAGGGAAAUAGAGGAAAGGUGUCUGGGCAGACUCGAAAGGCAGGUUCUGGCACAGUCUCCGAACUAAGGAUCAACGAAAAAAAGCGACAGAGGUCGAAAUCCAAUAGUAUAACGGACAGCAACGAGUCCUGGAUCGGUGAGUACGAAGGUACAUCUGGGGAAACGGAGCUUCGAAGCAAGUCCAAGGAAAGAAAGAGAAGCACUAUGAGAUACGAAAAGAAGGAGACGAGAAAGAGCAGAAGGGUUCCUGGGGAGGGCCUUUACAGAGAAGAGAUUGAAAGCGAUGGAAGAUCCUCCAAAACAACUGAUGCAUCUACCCGGAAGGCCGAAAUACUCGAAAAAUACAGAAAUAGGAUAUAUCAUGACAGUAAAAAGCAUCAUGGCCCAGACGAUGUUUCUAUGGAGUCAGAAAUCGAGUCCAAUAACUACGCCAGAGAGAGGAAGUCCUCUGCGAAUGAAUCUAGACAGAGGCUUGAUAGAAGAGACUUCAGUGUGGACGAAAGAGUCCUUCACAAUUUUGAUGACAGCGAAAGUGAAAUCAGCUUCAUAAUGGACAUCUAUGACAGAUCAUCAUUGAAUAGCAGCUUAAGAGAAAAGAUGUUUGAAUACCUAAACCAAAUAGGAAAGAAGGGAUAG